AUAAAGAAUGCUGGAGCCUUGUCUUCUACUCAGCUUCCAGUCAGGGAAAGGCAGGAAAGAAGGAGUCAGGUUCUCCAGGACUGUGGACGGUGAUGGCCCUCAAUCAUAGUCGUUCUGUGAAACUGAAUGAUGGACACUUUAUGCCUGUGCUUGGAUUUGGCACUUAUGCUUUAGAGGAAGUUCCUAAGAGCAAAGCUCGGGAGGCCACCAAAGUGGCUAUUGAUGUGGGUUUCCGUCACAUUGAUUCAGCAUACGUCUAUCAAAAUGAGGAGGAGGUCGGCAAGGCCCUCCGAGAGAAGAUGGCGGAUGGCACUGUGAAGAGAGAGGACAUAUUCUACACCACCAAGCUUUGGAGUACUUUCCUUCGACCAGAAUUGGUUCGUCCAGCCCUGGAAAGAUCACUGAAGAAACUUGGACUGGACUACGUAGAUCUCUUCAUCAUGCAUUUUCCAAUCCCCAUGAAGUCUGGGGAUGAGAUUCUGCCAAAAGAUGCCAGUGGGGAAAUUAUCUUCGACACAGUGGACCUUCGGGACACAUGGGAGGCCCUGGAGAAGUGUAAAGAUGCAGGUUUAACCAAGUCCAUUGGGGUGUCCAAUUUCAAUCACAAACAGCUGGAGAUGAUCCUGAGCAAGCCAGGGCUCAAGUACAAGCCUGUCUGCAACCAGGUGGAAUGUCACCCUUACCUCAACCAGAGCAAACUGCUGGAGUUCUGCAAGUCCAAGGACAUUGUCCUAGUUGCCUACAGUGCCCUGGGGUCCCAUAGACACCCAAACUGGGUGGAAAAGGACAGUCCAUAUGUCUUGGAGGAUCCAACCUUGAAGGCUAUUGCCAAGAAACACAAUCGAAGUCCAGGCCAGGUUGCCCUGCGCUACCAGGUGCAGCGGGGGGUGGUGGUCCUGGCCAAGAGCUUCAAUGAGAAGAGAAUCAAAGAUAAUUUCCAGAUUUUUGACUUUGAAUUGACUCCAGAAGACAUGAAAGCAAUUGAUGGCCUCAACAGAAAUUUCCGAUAUGCUAAGUUACUCUUUGCUGUUGAUCACCCUUAUUAUCCAUUUUCUGAAGAAUAUUGACCACGAGCUAUCCAUCAUGAGCUCCAACAAUUUACUGUCUCAGGCUGUGGAGAGGAUUUCUGUACUCGGUGGAGGUGAUUCAAACCAGCAUCUGUAGCUUCAGGCCCCUGGCCUUUCUGUUUUUGCAUUUUUAUUUCUUUUGUCUUACGAAAUAAGAAAAAGUUCAAAGUGAGCAUGUUGUCUUUUCCUGAUUAUUAAAAUAAUACAUAGCAAUUACAGAAAACUUGAAAAAGGAAGGAUAGAGAGUAAAAGUAACAUAAUUAGCCCAUUUAAAGAUUCUUGAACUUUUGGCGCAUUUUCUUUCAUGAUUUUCCUAUAGCACCAUUGGGGUGUGUGUUUAUUUACAAAUAGAAAUAACCUUCAAUACACAGAUUGUAUGCUUUUCUUUCCUUAAGAUAUAAUUAUUUUCCCAAGCCAUCAAAUAUUGUUAAAAAUUCCACUAUUAUAUUUUUCUUGUUGUAAAGCAGUCUAUCUUAUUGAUUUAUUUACUUCCUCAACCGUCUGCAUAUGUUUUGGCAUUUUGACUCGUUCUUGUAUAGUUUGCCAUUGAUUCACUUACCUCAUUCAGCCAAAAACUUAUUGAACAUCCUUUAUGUACCAGAUAUUCUUUUAUCAAAAAAUAAAAUAGACAAGAAUUAAAUUAAGAUGAGAAGUGUCUCGAGUUUACAGGCUAAUGGGGGAAGAAGACCAUGAAGGCAAUAAGGAGUACUUAGCUGUUAGAAAUGGAUAUGUGUGUUUUGAGAGAUAAUUCGCAGGGUCUCUCAUUUCUUUCUCCCUGAUAAGCAGAGGCACUGUUUAUCCUGCAUUCUGCAGUGCUUUUUCAAGAAGUUUGUGCAGAAGACAGCCUUGGAAUGUAGAGAUAGUAGCUCCAUUCAUAGAAAUGGAAGGCAUGCCUGCUGUCCAGUAACAGAAAGAAAAUAUCUCCCUCCAGAGAAAGGGUAGGGAUGCUCAGUGCCUGCUAGAAUGCAUCUGAGUUUCCUAGACGGAGGUUUUCCUCCUGCAAGUCAACCUUCAAGUUCGGGUGUCAUGUGGGCCCCUUCACUUCACUCUGUAGAAACGGGGACCCAAGGACCCAGCACAGCAAUCCGUAACACGGGAAACAUUUUCACAAUAUAUCUGUGCAUCAAAUCAUCACAUUGUAAAUCUUAAACCUACACAAUAUUAUAUGCCAACUACAUUUUAGUAAGGCUGGAAAAAAUGUUGUUGCUUUGGCUACAUCAAUUGAUGUGAAUAAAUAAUAAACGGUCCUUCUUCUCUGA